AUGGCCAGUGAAUUUGAAUCCAUAAUUAAAGAGCUUCCCACGCUAAAAGCUCCGGGAGUCAGUGGAUCCCGAAUCAAAAAAUUAACCGAAAUUGCCAUUUCCAAUGUUUCUGUAAGUAAUGAGAGGUGGAAAAUGGGUGCAAACGGUACUAACAUUCAGGACGAGGCGAAUAUCAUUCAAAUAUUGUACUCUAAUUGUAAAGCCGCGCCAUCUUCGCAUAAAUUAGGUACGCUCUACGUUGUCGACUCUAUCGUAAGAGGUCUCUUGGAGGAAGCCAAGAAGAACAAACAAACAGUAAAUGCCGAUGCUCCGCAAGGUACCUAUGCCGCUGCCGUGUUCAAAAUUACAGAGUUGAUUGAAUCGAUCGUGGAUGAUGCUUUGGAACUCCUGGUCAGUAAAUCUCAAAAUACGAAAAUCGGUAAACUAGUAGACAUUUGGGAGCGUGCAGACACGUUUCUGCCAGAGCUUAUCGCUCGUAUCAGAGAGAAGCAUUUCAAGUCCACGACACCACCUGGUUCUCCACCGAGAGCGUCGGUUGAACCUGCUAAACCUGCCGGUUCCGGCGACUCGGGAAGCAUUUUGCUGGCCUUGGCUUCGUUGGCAAAGACGGCUAAUUCUAACAGUUCGACACCAACCACCACGACUGCGGUGCCGGUAGAAAACAAUGCCAAUAAUGUGUUGCUGCAAUUGUCUGCUUUGGCUAAACCUCAGCUGGGGUCUCCAGCGCCUGCGGUUGCAAAUGGUGCUCCCGCUCAAAACGAACAACAAAUUUUCAGCAUGUUGCAGCUGAUGCAAAAUGGCGCCGGUACAAACCCCGCCCCUGCAGUUCCUGCAAUCUCACAAGGCGGAGGUCCUAAUCUUCCAAAUAUUCCCAAUGUAGGUGGAGCCAGGGGACGCUACGACGAUAGUAGUUCGUACUCCAGAAGAAACAGAUCGAGGUCUCCCAACCGCGGCGCUCAGCCCAGAAGAGAGAGGUCUCCUCCGAGAGCAUAUGGAGCGCCGGGACCUGGACAGGGACAACCUAUGGGACAAAUGGGAGGAUAUAUGGGUGGACCCGGUAAACCACCGAUGGGUCAGCCUAUGGGGCAGCCUAUGGGACAACCAGGUCAACCAAUGGGACAACCAAUGGGACAACCAGGUCAGCAUAUGGGACAGCCUAUGGGUCGAAUGGGUCAACCUAUGGGUCAAAUGGGUCAAAUGGGUCAACCUAUGGGACAACCAAUGGGUCAAAUGAACCAGCCUAUGAACCAACCAAUGAACCAGCAGGGCGGCGAAGAUGGACCUAUGAAUCCUGGAGAAUUGAAUAUUCCAGGCUCGGCGCAUUAUCGUCCCCGUAAUGUUGGUUUCGACCCAUCGUUGCCUCAAGGCUCAUUCAAAGUGUUAUCUCGAACUCUCUUCAUUGGUGGUGUUCCUCGCCAUAUGUACGAACAAGACUUGGCCAAUGUGUUGAGACCAUACGCUGAAGUCCAGUCGGUGAUUUUGAACAGUGAACGGAAACAUGCGUUUGUUAAAGUGUAUUCUCGUCACGAAGCAGAACAAGUUAUCACCUCGUUUGCCAAAGAGAACACUAUGGGUCUUAGAACCAGAUGGGGUGUAGGAUUUGGACCAAGAGAUUGUUGCAAUUACCAACAUGGUAUUUCUAUCAUUCCCAUCCAAAGAUUGACCGAUGCUGAUCGUGCUUGGGUGGUCCAAGCCCAAUGGGGUGGAACCGGAGGUCAACCUUUGCUGAGUGGUAUGGUUAUUGACGAACCCGAUAUUGAAAUUGGUACUGGUAUUUCGUCCAAAGCCAUGUCCAAAAAGAUGCCUACCAAUUCUGCCAGAAAUGGACCCAAGUCCAAUAGACCAGGUGAACCCGAUGAAGACUAUGUCAAGACCACUUUGAUUCCUCAGCAAACCACCAUGUCUCACGGAGCCACUCCCGACUUUAAUACGUUCCUGCAAUCUUCGGUGAAUCCAUUGUCGGGAUUGUUCAAUAAUAAUAAUGGUGGAAAUAGUCCACAACUUCCUGUUAACCCUGCCAUGGCACAAGCGGGAAACAUGCAAGGAUACCAGCAAAAUCAAGGCCAAAAUCCUAAUCUUGGAGCCCAACUCGCCAACUUUUUUCAGAAUGGAGGAAGAUAA